AUGAUUUCUUCGGCGUCGUAUGGAGCCCUGCUCCGUCGCCGAGCAGAACACGCACUGCUCAACCACACCGGCCGGACGGCCUGUUUCGGACAAGGCGCGAGCUCGCCAUGCACGCGUUUUCGUCUCAGUCGAGCCUCAGUUCCUCUUCUGAUUCUGGCGCGUGUUCCUCGCACUCCUGCGGCGCCCUACUUGCUGCUGGCAUACAGAGGCUUCGCUAAGAAACGGCUACGGCUCAGCGAGUACGAUGAGUAUGAGCAAAGCAUCAACUCGAGCCGUGUGCCAUUGACGUUUGUGAACGUGCCAAUUCAUCAUCAGUCUGCCAGUGAACUGGUGGACACCAUUGUCGUCGCGGGACAGCUGCGUCUGAAGAAUUCAAAUUUCUGGAGAAGAUGCACGACGGCCGUCGUUGACUUGGUGUGCGGCUUCCGAGUUAGGGAGCUGGUUGCCAUUGUUAACGCCUACGCAAAAGCGCGGUAUCGAGAUGAGCAACUAUUCAGUUGCCUUGCGAGAGCAAUCGCUCUUCAAAUCUCCGAGUGCCGCCCUUCUGACAUCGCUGUCGCGGGCCAAGCAUUCGCCAGGAUGAAUGUCCGCGACGUUGCCUUUAUGGAUAUUCUCGGUGGGGAGGCCUCACGCCGUCUGGAAGAGAUGGGGCCGCGGGGCAUCGCGAUACUGAUCUGGUCUUUCGGGCGGCUUGGCAUCUUUCACCAGGCUCUGAUAAAUGGAGUCUCUCGCGAACUGAUGGGAAACGUCGAAUCAUUCUCAAGUCUCGACUUGACCCAGCUCUUGUGGGCCUUCGGUGAGCUGCAGGUCAGAGACGUUCCCGUUCUCUCACGCCUUUGCGACAGACUGAGAUCGCAUCUUCCUCAGCAGACACUCUCUGAGUCUUUUAUCUGCACCCACGCACUGUCGAGGAUCCUUUUUUUUGAUCACGAGGUAGUCUCCGAGCUUCGAAGCCUGUACAUACAGAGGCUGCGCGAACUUCCGCUGGCCGAACUGCCUUUGCUUCUGGACAGUUUCACGAAGCUGGAUCAACAUUGCGCCCCGCACGAGCGGCCUCCGCCCUCUACGCGACUCCACCGGCUUCUGGUGAAGGCAAUUUUAAACAACGUUUCUUUCUACAAACCAGCAGACAUCGAGCGCACCAGGGCAUCUUUGGCAACCGCGGAGCUGGCAGACGACUUCCUGAACGAUGUCGCCUGCCACAUGUUGCCAGGUCAGAUAAGGGCUAUGACAAGCGAAGACCAGAUUGCCCUUCUCGAGUUCUACAGAUCCUCUGCUGCUCCAAACUGGCAGGCUGUCGCAUACAUUGUGUCACACCUUUACCCUUCGACUCGAUCGCGGGGAUCCGGAGACACCGCGCAGCCUCGGCUCACCCAGGAGCAGUCCAUACGGUGCUUGGAAGCGUUAGCCGGAAUGUGCCACAGGCACGCUUUUCUCUACGUUUUGCAGUCCUUGAAAGAGGCUGAAGAUGACCCCACAAGCCAUGCCCGAGACGCAGCUCAGUCUCGCGUCUCGGCUAACACAUCGCCUCCAAGAUUCGACACCAGGGGCGCAGGCGCUCUGGUACUCCAGCGGCUUGUACGCCAACUGUUUCCUAAAGAAGCGGACUUUAUGUCUCUGGUGGCGGCGUCGUCUCUCGGUCUGGCCUCCGCGCCUCUCGACAGCACUGCGCCUCUCGACAGCACUGCGCCAAGCGCCGGCCGUCGCCUUGAAGACUGUGUGAGCGCCUCGGUCGCGGCUCCACCCGCGCAGUGGCUUCUUCGUGGCGCCGUCGGGACGCGGGGGGGUGCUGGGCGAUCUGUCGCGAACCACCUCAGCUCACUGCUGCAGCUCACUCAGGCCGGCGACGCGUCUGCGGUCCCGGCCGCCGCGCCGCCAAGUUUCCACUACAUGGGCCGGCUGGUGGAGCGGCCACCCGAGUCCUCGCGGAUGGGCGCCGGGGCUGCGCGACCCCAAGCGUCUGUCGAUGCAGACGCCGAAGCAGAGAGCCAGCGAAAUUUCUGGGCGCCAGACGCCUCGAGCACAGCGCCGGCGUCUGCGGACACGUGCGUGCAUCCCCAGGGAGAAGGAGGCGGUGCCGCUGAAGUCUGCGCUGACCCGCGUGGCCCUGGGACCUCUCAACCGCGUCGGUGUGACGAGGGCGCACCGAGCGACGCAGACGGCCACACAGGUCGCGCAGCAGGGAGGUUCGCCGGCUGUGAACAGCUCCUGCUGAAGCCGGAUGUGCUCACGCGGAAGUUCUACGGCGACCUCUUGCAUGCGAGUUCCAGCGCUGCGCCUUGCGAUCUGGUGGCAGCCCUCGGGCGCUUCCCGCGAGAUCCAGCGUGGGCUCUGUGGAUGCACGAACUCGUGAAUCAUAAGCUCGAAGGCUUGCACCCGGAGUUCCUGCCUGGCGUUUUGCUCGAGCUGGCAAAGCACGUGAGACGACCAACGGAGCUCGCCUCAGAGGAUGCAGAGAGUUGGCUGCCGAGCAGUGAGGCCAGGGCGCUGCAGCUGUCGCCUCGCCAGGCGGAGGCGUAUCUGCUGCGCGUGUUUGGGCGGCUCUUUCGGUCUCGCGCGGAGGACGGGGUCGCGGCCACCGACUCGGGGGAGCCAGGAGACUUCAGAGGCGCGCAGAGGGAGAGGGAGUUCCCCUGUCUGAGCGUGUUGUCAAACUCCGCGCUCGCGGUGUGCGUCAAGAUGCUCGAGCUGCAUCCUGACAGGGAGGCGGCGCAACACUACGCAGUAGCUUGCACCUCCCUCGUCCUUCGAAGCUUUUCAGAACGCGCGUGUGCACACGAGGCGACCGGCGACGCGGAGGCCGGAGGCGAACAACCGGCCAACGACGACGUCCGAGCGCCCGGUCCCCAAUCGCAGGCGCAGGCGAAGCAGCUCGCGCGGAUUUUCCACUCUCUGAUCACUCUCGACGUCGUGCCUCCGGCGCGACUGCGCACAGAACUUGCGCGGCGAAUCUGUCACCUCGCGUCGGCAGAUCUGUUGACCGUUCUCCGCGAGUUUGCGGCGCUUGGCUGCGAUGCCGCCACCGCAGCGCACCUUUCGCUCGCCUUGAGUCUCCGCCGCCCGCACAUCAAAAGCUGGAAAAAACUGAGAGAACUCGAGUUUCUCUGCGCCCGCAUGGGCGUCGACUUGGAGGACGAUGUGCCAACCGGUGACGGCAGCGCUGCACCGAAACACGGGGCGAACAUGGCCUCGAUCGCCGAUGCGCUGGGCGACGGCGAAGACGAUGAGCAGCUGGGGGCCGUAGAGCUGCCGAGCGACGCAGAGUUGCCGCGGCUGCAGGACGAACUUGACCGUGACAUCGUCUCCAGACUUGAACAACGCAAACCCGCAGCCCCUAAACGACGGACGGAGGAAUAA